UACCUGGGGGCGGGAAUAUAUCAGCAGGAUUGUAAUGAUUAGCGAGGAUCAUCAAAAUAUGUUCGCUGGAAUAUAUUUAUGCCAUUGACUUAGUGGCCUAUCAUUAAGUCACGAUAAACUGUAGUACUUCAUUCUCAAAGGGCAUCAAACAACUUUCACGGUAUUUCAAUUGUGAUGGGUCGAGGAAUAUCUACCCUAUCACACAAUGGGAUCCGCACCCGUGUACAGUGAUUCUGGACCUUCUGGGCAUGCAACCAAUCAGUAUGCUUUCCAAGUACGCCUUGGUAGCUUAGUUGGUAAAGCACCAGACCAUGAAAGCUGGAGUCCCAGGUUCAAGCCCUGGCCAAUGCAUGUUUUCUCAUACUAUAAACAAAUGUCAUAAUUUGUCAUACCCCUUUAUCAAUCUUGUACCUAAAAACUCUAUGAACAUGUUGUCUGUCUGUAAAA